AUGGAAGUAUUCAAAUCUAAUAUCUAAUUAUUUAAGAAUUAAUUGGGAAUUAAUUAAAUAAUUAAUCAAUUAAAUUAUCUUUAAAUUUAACAACUCUAAAAUAAGACUUAUUUUGGUUCAAUUAUUAUAAAUGAAUCAGGAAUUCAAUAUUAAAAUCUAUUAAAGUAGUCACUACUACUCAUAACUAAACUAUACUUCAAAUAAGAUGUGUUCAUUAAUUACAUGCGUUAACAUUCCUAAAUAUCCAUUUCUUUUUUCAGCAAUAAGAAAUUAUUCGUAAUUAUUAACAUUGUUUUAAGUUAUAAAUUUUUUUGUGCUAUUCUUAAUAUAUUUUUUCUUUUUAUUUGCAACAAUUUGCUUUCAAAUUGGCUGGUUCGAAAAAAAAAAUUUCAAUAUAAAAAUAUGCACAAAAAUACCUGAAGUUAAAUUAUUUAUAAUAAGAAUUACUAUUAAAAAAAUUAAAUCAAACGUGCUUUUAAAUAAAAAUAGUUAAAUUUUUACUUGGCUUUUAUGAAAUCAAAAUAAAAUUGAAUUUUGCAACUCAUAGGAAUAAUGGCUGGAAUUGUUUUCAACUACAACAAUAGGUUGGGAAUGCUUUGAACCAAAUAAUGAAGCAGUUAAUGCUUAUUUUGAGUUUUAUAAUUAUUAUAUAGCUGUUCAUAAAUGCUAAUCUUAUUGUUUAUAAUGCUUAAAUACUUGCACAUAAUGGAGUAGCAACUAUGAUGCAAAUGUUGUAAAAUCAUCAUAAGAAGUGUACUAAAUUAUAGAAUAUUUUGAUAAAGAUACUUAUAGGUGUUUGGAUUGUCCAUGAUCUUGUUUAACAUGUACAUCUAAAAUAGAUUAUUAAACAUGAUAAUCUACUAAUAUAUAAUCUAAAUUGA